ACGGAUUGUCAGUUGUGGCCAGGUAGCGGCGACGAGUGGACGUAACCGCUACCGAAAUCGUUGUCGCAAGUUCAAGCAGAACGUGUUAGCUUUCGUUAUUUGUUUUCAAAUCCAAUAUUACCUUCUCUAGUUUUUCACGCGCCGGCUAUCGGAUGAGGGUAGCGUAGUGUACUCGUAGGAAAAAAAUCCUGUGGAAGAAAAAUCAUCGAACAGCAUUUUUCCAGCCAAAAAGUGCUGGUUUGAGUGAAUUUUCUACUAGACGAGAGAAUAUUUGAGAAGCAUGGAUUCGAAAAUUGUGGGAUAUUAACUAUUGCGGUUUGCUAGUAGUGAAAGUCGUUUUUCAAAGUUCUUGGCUAUUUUUGGUAUACUGGUUACGGAUAGGUAUGUAUUGAAAUACUAAAAGGACAUUAGUCUAACGGUGUCUGCGUCAGUCUUACCGGCCAACCAGUUUGAAAGAAAAAAAUAGCCUGUCAUGUACUUUGGAGAGAAACAAUAGGAUUUAUUUCUCACAUCUUUUGAGCGUCAAAGAAGUCGUACUCAAAUAUCAAAUAUCGACAGAUUCAUCCAUCUCUAAUCGACAGCCCAUUCCAAAACGGGAAGAGAACAUUAACGGAAACGCAGGAAAGGAAGUCGUGUCAAACUAUUGCGCAUUGGCGAUGGCUGUUAAAGUUCAACGAGUGCUAGGCAACGCGUUGGUCCGCUCCCCCGCCACGCCAGAAGCGGAGGCUGCCACUAAAAUUCCCCGUCGCCAGCACACACGCCGACUAUUCUCUUCUAAUUGCUUCAGGAUUCAGAUUCAUCGAACCCAAGUGCGGAUGCUCUUUGUUUGUCUCCUCCUCAUUUCAUUGCUGGAAACGGAAGGAAUGCCAAUGUGUGGAGUUCCUGGUCGUGCUGAGAACGGGACACAAAUAUCAUUGUACUCUGCGGAACUUUACAACCCUGGACAGAAGACGGAGUAUAGUUGUCAGCCUGGACUUGCUUUGCAUGGGGGAAAUUCGAUCCGCACUUGCCAGAAUGACGGAUCAUGGUCAGGCAGUCGGCCCCGCUGUGUUGAUAACUUGGCCUAUAAAAAAGCCGUUGCCUCUUCACGCGUCGUUAAUCACUACCGGCCAGAUCUCAUAGUGGACGGCAAUACAAGGUCGUGCAUCUACCUGGACACGCGAGUCGACGACCGAUUCAUUCAGAUUGAUCUGAAGAAAAAUUACCUCAUUUCUGGACUCGUCAUCCACGUCCCAGACGGCUACGUCCAGCAAUUGACGGUAUUCAUAGCCGAGAAGUUGGAGUCGGCUCCUGGCAUUCAGUACCGCAGGUGCACCCCGGGGAUAUCGCAUAUCAACGCCCCCAAACUCCAAAUUGAUUGCCGAGGAGAGCACGGUUCGGUAGCAGUUCCCGGCCGUUUCCUCCACAUCCGUGACGAACGACAAGUCCACGAUUUCUACUUUGCCUUGUGCGAAAUCGAAAUCUACGGCCUGCCAGCCUCACCGUUGAGCUGCGGGUUACCAGAUCUUCCAGCUUUUGCUACAUCGGUCAAUCAAACGCAGAUGCUGGAAGAAAAACAUCGAAACACUUUCGAAUUAACUUGUCAAACGGGAUUCAUUCUGCAAGGAACGAAAGUAUUGCGCUGCGUAGACGGCAACUGGAUUGGGAGCGAGGCCGCCCAGUGUACAGCCGUGGAAUGUGAUCCGUUAGAUCCUUUGAUCAAUGGACAAAUCGAAUUAUUUCCCACUCGCGGUUUGAACAACAAUAGUUUUAACAGCGUUGCUCGACAUAUUUGCUCGGAGGGCUUCAUGAUAUUCGGUGGCGACGUCACGAGAACCUGUGGUCUCGAUGGUCGAUGGACUGGUACCCCACCUUUUUGUCGAGCUACUGAUUGCCAAUUACCUCGGCCUAUUUUGAACGCUGUCUACAAAUUGGUCGACAACCAUACGAAACCAGGAGCCAUCGCUCAGUACACCUGUUCCAACGGAUAUGUCCCACAAAGAAUUUUGGCAGACAAGCCUCUCCAAACAGCAAUCGUGUGUCAGCAGAGUGGCGUCUGGAAGGAGGGGAAUUUUUACUGCGCCUUGAGAACGACAUAUUAUCCGCCGGUCUCCAUCUCGUUUUCCUCGACAACAGAAAUACCAAGUGAACCGACGGAAGAGCUGGUGCCUCCUGGUACUUUGAUCAGCACGACUGCUCCCGAGCAGACGUCAUUGAUUCAAGAAAUUGAAUUUUUCCAGCCCGUAACGAUAUCAAACGUUGAUCUGGAAACGACGAAUGUCAGCGUGGGCACCGGCAACACCAAUUCGAGCAGCAGUAUCGUCUUCGGUGAGGAGGAGGCCUCAGAAACUACGCGGUCAAUCGGAACAGCGGUCGCGGCAACGGGAUUUAUCGUUGUCUUCAUCGCUGUCUUUCUGAUGGUCGCUAUUGGCAUCACUUUCAACGUCUGCAGGAUGCGAACAGCUUUCGAAAAAGCCAAAAAACGUUUCUUAGUGGCAUCCACCAACCUGCUGCUGAUCAACACAUCGGAUUCUUCGACAAAAGAAGGCGUUUCCAACGCCGACCAUGAAAGCGGAGAAAGAAACAAAAAACACCAAGUGGUGGCCAAAUUGGAAUCGGAACCGGUUUACAACGAAUUAGACGAUCCCCUCCGCAAAUCAAAUUUCCACGUUCAGUCGUCACCCUCAACACUCAGCUCAGAGGAGGAAAGCACUUAUUUGGAUAUCGACAUUGACAAGGACGUCAAACCGGAACGCGAUUCUUUCCAAUUCUGCUCUGAAAAUUUCAGCUUACAAUGCGACUCGUACCAAAAUGAAUCUUCUUUUAUCGACUCGACCCGACCGUCACUCACUCCGGAUGAAAUUCUGCUUCUCUACGCCAAGGUGGAUAAAUCCAAGAAGAAGAAAAAUCGAAUCUACAGCAACGGAAUCACGACAGAGCCUCCUACGCUCGAGUCGAACGGCAAAGUGGAGUGCAACGAAGGAAUCGAAAACGUCGCACACGAAAUCGACGAUUCACAAAAAGGUCACCUCAAUAAAUCGUUUUCUAAAUUUCGUGAUUUUCAUCCUAAAAAAGUUAAUGACCUGCAAAUGCCGAAAACGGUUGUCGACGUUUCGCUGAACGAAUAUUUUAUCGAACACUCACGCAUUCGUUACAAAGAAACAAGUAAGACGCAUUUCCAGGAAGGUAGACCAUUACCAGCUUUGCCCAUCCGGGAAGCGAAACGUAAAAGUCAAGAGAACGAGAGUACUCCGGAUCAUAAUGAGGAAACCAACAGUCAAAACAUCUAUGCCACUCUGCCCUUACCCAAGUCAACGUAAAUCCCCCUCCCCUCCUGUUUUUCCCUUAACAUAUUUCUAUCGUCUAUAGAUUGUCUAUUAAUCAUAUUAUGUUUUACUGUACCACAUACACACGACUAUAUUUUGUAUACCAUUUGGGCGAAUAAUUGUACAAAACUGAGAGAAAUAGAAAAGAAAUACAACAAGUAAUCAUCCAUA